AUGAAGUGCUGCGCUUGGGCUGAGCUAGCAGAGAAGACCAUGAAUGGCUCUCUUCCGAAAGGGUACAUACACGUAUGGUGUGUCAGCAGCGACAAUGGCCCGGAUCAAGCAGCUUUCAAGACUGCAUUGCGCGCAGAGUUUGUGGAGCAACAAUAUUCCAACCAAGUGUUGUUUUCUCUUCCAUGCCUGAAAGCAUCAAAUGCACCUGCUGGUGCAAGAGCUGGUCAAAUGCACCUCCAAGCUCAUCGCACGCUGCCAGAAGAAAUGGGGUUACUUUGGGAGCCUUGCCAAAGUGUGUCAUUGCUGGCGGGCACAUGGCCCAAAGUUGACGAAGACAUGGCAAUUGUGUGGAUGGAGCAUGGUCAUAUGCCGCUUCUUGCCACGUUCCUCCUGUCCCGAUAA